ACAACGCCUUCCACUCUAAUGCGGCUCAGAUAGGCUCCAGCACCCCCCGCGACCCGGAACGGUACAAGCUGUAGAAAAUUGAUGCCUGGAACAUAAAAUAGCUCAAUCAUCCAAUUAUGAUUUUAAAACGUGAUGUUCACCCAAAUGACCACUGGGUGGCAACACCACACCGUGUUAUGACUUUACCGGGUACACUUGAACGCUUCACAGCGACCUGUUGAAGCGGGCGUGUUUUUUCGACGGCGACGAAUCUAAAAAAAAAUGACCUUUCUCUGUCCUUCUAAAAAAGAUAAAAUCCUCAACGGGGCGGGUCCAUUUGAUGUUCAACCGAACAGUAGGUUUGACCAACAUAUGUUGCCUAAAUUUUAUUCGCCUGAGCUAUUGUUUAUUAACAUAUGCUAUUGCUAGCUGUAUUUAGUGUUGUGUUGAAAAUGGCGCACGCACAAGUUCACAAUUAAAGUCUAAUUAGGUUCCCUAAUUAUUAGAGGGAGUGGUUCCAGGAUACGCGCCAGCAGCCAAGGAGUUAAUCCGAGCUGUGUCGCUAGGGGAAGGAGGAUGCUUACGGGGGAGCAGCGGCACAUCUCCAGCUGGAAAAGAGACUCACAUCAGCUCCACUUGCAGGAAGAACUGUUGAAUGUUUCCAGGUUUGUCAGUGGAUUGCAGAACUCGGACCUGGAUGUGUCAGGGCGAAAAUCCGGCAACAAACCUCCGUCCAAAACAUGUCUGAAGGAGGAGAUGUCCAGGGGCGAGGAUUCGGAUAAAAUCAUCAUCAACGUAGGUGGCACCCGGCAUGAAACCUACAAGAGCACCCUAAGGACCCUGCCGGGGACCCGCCUGGCAUGGCUGGCCAACCCGGACCCGCAGGUCAGCACCGAGGAGUCGUCCGACUCGGCGCCUCCGAGCACCAACGAGUUAUUCUUCGAUCGACACCCGGGGAUCUUCGCCUAUGUGCUCAACUACUACCGGACUGGGAAGCUGCACUGCCCGGCCGACGUGUGCGGACCUCUCUUCGAAGAGGAGCUGGCCUUUUGGGGCAUAGACGAGACCGACGUGGAGCCGUGCUGCUGGAUGACUUACCGCCAGCACCGGGACGCCGAGGAGGCCCUGGAGACGUUCGAACCGCCAGAACCGGAGGACACGGACGACGACAGCGAGAUGCCCAGGAGGUUUGGCAUAGACGACUGUCCUGACAGGUCGAGGGGGUGCUGCGAAGUUUGGCAGCCCAAGUUCUGGGCCUUGUUUGAUGACCCCUACUCAUCCAGAGCAGCCAGGGGAGUGGCACUUGCAUCGCUCUUCUUCAUCCUGGUGUCCAUCACCACCUUCUGCUUGGAGACCCACGAAGCCUUCAACGAGCUUCAGAACCGCACAGUGCUGGUGGUUGUGGGCAACGUUACACGUGUAGAGGAGAGGUGGGAAAUGGUGACCAAGCCCAUCCUCAUUCUGGUGGAGGGCGUUUGCGUGGUCUGGUUCACCUUUGAGUUCCUGGUGCGAAUCAUCUGCUGCCCAGACAAGUUGGUCUUCAUAAAGAAUUCGUUGAACAUCAUUGACUUUGUGGCUAUUUUGCCUUUUUACCUGGAAAUGGGCCUGAGCGGGCUGUCAUCCAAAGCGGCCAAUGACGUGCUAGGUUUCCUCCGAGUGGUGCGGUUUGUCCGGAUUCUUCGGAUCUUCAAGCUAACGCGACACUUUGUUGGUCUUCGUGUGCUUGGACACACUUUGAGGGCCAGUAUAAAUGAAUUCCUCCUGCUCAUCAUCUUCUUGGCUCUGGGUGUGCUCAUCUUCGCCACCAUGAUAUACUACGCGGAGCGUAUCGGUGCCAGUCCAGACGACCCCACAGGCUAUAAUCACACACACUUCAAGAACAUCCCUAUCAGCUUUUGGUGGGCCGUCGUCACCAUGACAACUCUUGGCUAUGGCGACAUGUACCCGCAGACGUGGUUGGGCAUGAUGGUGGGAGCGUUGUGUGCGCUGGCUGGGGUCCUGACUAUCGCAAUGCCCGUCCCGGUCAUCGUGAAUAAUUUUGGGAUGUACUAUUCGCUGGCCAUGGCCAAACAGAAGCUGCCCAAAAAGAAGAAUAAGCACAAUCCCAAUCCAGAUACUCAAACUGACUCUGCAUCGUUUGGGAAGUCGGAGACAAACUCACACAGAAACAGCACUCAGAGUGACACUUGUCCACUGGCGGCUGAGGAGAAAGUGAGCAGAAACCGAUCAGACUCCAAACAGAACGGGGAUGCAAACGUGGCCCUCUCAGAGGAGGAAGGCAACAGUCUGACCCAGCCGCUGUCCCCCAAUGAAAAGUGGUCUCUGCGUUGCACCCGAGGGCGAGAUAGAUCUAAGAAAGAAGCCACCUGCUUCCUCCUAACCCCAGGAGACCCCGGCGUCCACAGUGAGAGCUGCAAAGACAUGCUGGCGCCGCCUGCAAACUACACUCAAACAGAGGUCACCUCGCUAACCUGAUGCUGAACGGCUUUUAAAAGAAACAGAAAAGAUCAUGAACUCAAGGUUGCUGCACUGAAGGCAGAGAUGGUGGACGGAAUGCAUCUCCAUGGAGAUUUGGGAUGACAGGCAACAAUAAAUAGUGUCUGCACGCACACACACACACUGGCUUAGUGCACUCAUCACUGUACUGUGCAGUGCACUGUGGUGAUGUGGAGGAGAAGAUGGGAGUCAAAUGUCAUGACAGACUAGUUAAAAUUUCUUCUAACAAAAUCAUUAAAAAAAAAAAAAGGCACGUUUUGGCAAAAGAUGUACAAAAAAAAAUUGUGAUGUGAAACCUGAUUCCUUUUAUUUGUUUGCAUUCUUGUGAGUUACUCACUGAAGUGAUUUGGGUACUCGAUUUACACGAGUACCCAAAUCAAGCAGGAGGUGGAGAGGAGACUUGAUUUGAGGCUUUUUCCACAUUUAUACAAAUAGAGUUCGAGUAGCACUUGCACAAUUGGUGACAUUUACCCGGGUUCCUUUUUUAUUUCAGCGAGCAGUAGUUACAGGCAAAUGAUGCCUCAGUGAACGUUUGGCACACUCACUAACUGUAAUGACACAAUACUUUGUUGGUGUUUCAUUAUAGCCAUCUUCUGCAUAAAAAACAAAAGUAAUUACUUUUGACCAACAAAUAAUAAUAAUAAUAUUAUUUAGCUGGUAUUUUUUAGCAGCGCAGAAAAGAAUAUGAUUGCACAACUCAAUGAGCCAAAGUGGAAAAUAAGAUCUUUUACUUUAUUACGCGCUGUAAGAUCAAAAUGACAAAAACGGAUGUCCAAACGCGGCGAGAAGGCUUCUUUUAUUACGCGCUGUCGCGUGACCCUUUGCGGUCAAAUGUCAGAGUAGCUGUAACAGUCAUGUGUUUUUUUUUUUAAGUGAUGAACACAUCGAGGUACUGAGGGACUCUGGGCCUCCAUCGAGUGGUAUGCCAAAUAAUCAAUUUAUUAAGGUACAGUGUUUAAUAUUCCUAUAUUCAACAAAGUGUUACUGUUCAAACUGUGUAUAAUGUUACAGUGGCCAAAAAUAUUAAAUAUACUUGUUAAAAAAAAUUAAAAAACAACCUCGGCUUUGUUUUUAAUGACUACUUAGGCCUACUACGCUACAGUAUUUGAACAUUAUGGGGGUACUUGGAGGUCCAAUUGUUUUCUGAGGUGGUAAUUGUUGAAAAAAAGUUUGAGAGCCACUGUCAUACUGCAUUGAUGUUUCAGUAUCGUUGGACUCGUCACUUGCUAGCAGUAACAUGAGUGAGGAGGUCAUCCAUGCCUGUCAACCUUUGCAAAUAAGCAGACAGUUUUGGAAAAUUAGGGAAUUUCUGGUCUUUCAACUUAAAUGUAUUGCAAUCGUUUUAAUUUGAAGGCCUGACUUAACAAACAUGUUCUGACAAUUACAAAUAUGGUACUAAAGCUGAUAAGAUAAAUUAUAAUUGAGUGGAUUUCACCUGGCUAUACAGCUAUUUUACGAAACGUAUGUAGAUUUUUAACAUCUUCACAUGAAACUAUAACCUAAUAAAUCAUUAAUUUGAUUGUUUUUUAUUGUGUGAAAUUUACAUAUUUAAUGACAAAAUACAAAAUAUAUUGUGGGAUUAAUUCUAAAGAUUGAGCCGUGAAAGGUUCGUUCAAAAUAAAUUAUAUUGGGGUGAUGUAUUGCAGAAUACUGGCGGCAUGAUUUGCUAAAAAAAAAAAAAGGAAAAAUACAAGAGUUUCCCUGGAAAAAAAUGGGCGAGUGGACAUCUCUAAAAAGAAUCCUCUUGGCACCAAUUGGAAGUAAAACCACAAAGUAACAAUUCCAACAUUUCCUCUCGCCUCUAAAUGCACUACAGCCUUGGACACUCAUUUAAACCUGGGUAAUCUGUUUUCCUAACUGCAUGUGGCGGCAUAACUAUGCAAGCUGAUCUGUGCCGUCAAUUUCCUCCAUAGCUUCGACACAGUGAAGAUGAAUGGAAUUAGCCAGCUGCAGACUUCAGCGACUGAAAUCAAUCAAUCAAUCAAUCAAUCAAAGUCUAUUAUAUAGCCCUAAAUCACAAGUGUCUCAAAAGGCUGCAUAAGCCACAACGACAUCCUUGGUACAGAGCCCACAUAAGGGCAAGGAAAAACUCACAGUGUGAGUUAAAUGUCAAAUGUGUGCUUAAUUAGAACAUGCUUCUUUUGUGUUGUGCUGCUUCACACUACUGCAUGGACUGAAUAAAGGAACACUUUAAAUGUACAAUUAGAUGCUGAUGACAUUUACUUUACGCUGUUUUGUUGUCAUCCAAUUCUAAAUGAAUGCAUCUUGCUCACAUCCUUGAGUUGUGCAGUGACGUCCUGAUAGUUGUUUUGCUAAACUCUUAAGGAUUGCGCCUCUUAGAUGAGCAAAAUAAGGAGAACAAUUCCUUUAGCAUGUCCGCCAUCAUGAAUUAAAUUACCAGGAAUUGAUUAACGUGGACCCUGACUUAAACAAGUUGAAAAUCUUAUUCGGGUGUUACCAUUUAGUGGUUAAUUGUACGGAAUAUGUACUGAACUGUGCAAUCUACUAAUACAUGUUUCAAUCAAUCAAUGAAUAUGCAGAAUCUGUGCUGAUUAUCAGAAUGAUCACAGUACUAGGAGGAGGAGAUGCAGAUAUAAUCAUUGAGCAAUCGCGAUGUGAUUUAAGAAGGAUUUAACUAUUCUGUCUUUAUUAAGCACUUUAGAAAUGCACGUGCAAACUGGCACACACAAUGGCUGUGAGGAAGGAGGUGAUUGUGGUGCCGAGACUGACGAUUGAGCGAUAGAAUAUUCUCUACCUCAGUGGUUCUCAACCUUUUUUCUGUGAUGUACCCCCUGUGAACAUUUUUUUUAAUCCAAGUACCUCCUAAUCAGAUCAAAGCAUUUUUGGUUGAAAAAAAAAAAAAGAGAUAAAUAAGUAAAAUACAGCACUAGGUCAUCAGUUUCUGAUUUAUUAAAUUGUAUAAGAGUGCAAAAUAUUGCUCAUUUGUAGUGGUCUUUCUUGAACUACUUGUAAAAAAAGAUAUACAAAUAACUAAAAACGUGUUGGAAAAAUAAAACAAGUGAUUCAAUUAUAAAUAUAGAUUUCUACACAUAGAAGUAGUCAUCAACUUAAAGUGCCCUCUUUGGGGAUUUUAAUAGAGAUCCAUCUGGAUUCAUGAACUUAAUUCUAAACAUUUCUUCACACAAAAAGAAAUCUUUAACAUCAAUAUUUAUGGAACAUGUCCACAAAAAAUCUAGCUGUCAACACUG